AUAGAAACUAUGGCGCACCGCGGCUUGCUCGGUGGUAAUCGGUCAUAUUCCCACAGGCAAAGUACUAUGAUUAGGGGAAGACCAUCGUCCUCAAAGCUUUCUUCAGCCUGGAGUCCAGGCUUGAAGCAUUCAGGCUCAGUAGCUGUUUUUCAUUCAAGAUCUGCUUUACCAACGGUAAACAAGAACUCGCACAAACUUUGAUGAUUAAAGUCUUAAUAAAGUGGUCGUAGUGAGUGAGUGGACUCCUGACUGACAAACAACAACGUAGUUAACAUAUCAAGAACAACGGUCUUCUACCUUCUUUCAUUAGCCUAAUGCCUAAUACUAAUAGUUAUUACCGUAUUAAUUCAUUAAUUUACAAUAUUGACCCUGUGUAUAAGAAAUUAAAUAAUAAUAAAAAAUAAAUAAAAACUUUAAUUCUACGGAAGAUGGGAAAAUCCAAAAUGUGUUAUUGGAAAGCUUACAGUAACUUAUAGCCAGCCAUUUAAAAUAAUAAUUAAUAGAUGGCAAAUCAAGAAACUAUAUUAAUAAAUUGGCCUAUUAUUUCUUCUUCUUCUUCUAUAUCUUAAGGGCCCACGAUCAAUUUAUUGAUCAUUUUGGCUCCUAUGCAUGUAGAUGGGAUUUGCAAUGUUUCUGUUACUGGUGGUGAUGAGGAAAUUAUGCACUAGGGGUUUGAAGGCUUGAGGCAAUAGACACAAAUGUGUCUAGUGUUGUCGCCUCAACUGUUCCUUUUGAAAGAUGGUUCCAGUCCCUGAUUGUCUUGGGCAGGAAUGAGCAGCUCCUAUACUGGCUUCUUGCUGGUAUGAGCCUGAAUUGCCUGUCAUGGCCUCGUCGCUGUCUAUGGGGGAGAGGGACGAGUUUCUGUUUAAUACUGGAACAGUGGACCAGCCCAUUAUUUAUCUUGUACAUCAUGGAGAGCCUGGAUUGUCGUCGUCGUUUCUCCAAUGGUGACCAGCCUAGUGUUUCUAGCAUGCUGCCAACACUAGAGGUAUUCCUGUAGCGGUUUAGGACAAAGCGUGCUGCUCGUCGCUGGACCGCCUCCAACCUGUCAAUGCUCUUCUGGGUAAAUGGGUCCCAGACUGAAGAUGCAUAAUCUAAAAUCGGACGGAUAAAGGCUUUAUAUGCUCUUUCUUUCACACAGGAGUUGCCAAUCUUUAGAUUUCGCCUUAAGAACCCCAAGGCUUGGUUUGCUUGGUUACAUACAUUGUUAAUAUGCUCGUCCCAGCGGACCUCUCUUUGAAUGGUAACACCCAGGUACUUUACGGAGGAAACUUGCUCAAGAAUAUGGCCGUGCAGUUUGUAUUGGUAGUGUAGAGGAGUACAACUUCUAGAGAUUGAUAGUGUCUGGCACUUGGCAGGGUGAAAUUCCAUGUCCCAGCUCAUCUCCCACUCAGCUAACAGAUUGAGAUCCUGUUGUAGCUGGUCCUGGUCAGAUCUGUUGGCGAUCGUCCUAUACACUGCUGUGUCAUCUGCAAACAGUCUUGCCUGUGAUGUCAGUUUCUCCGGUAGGUCAUUAAUGUAUGCUAGGAACAAACAGGGGCCCAGGACUGAUCCCUGGGGGACCCCUGACUUCACAUUGACAAAGGAGGAGCUUGUACCGCCUACCACUACUGCUUGUUGUCGGUGGAUGAGGAAGCUAGAGAUCCAUGUUUUAGUUUUGCCUUGAAUCCCAUAUAUCUGGAGUUUAAAAUUUCAUAAUUUAAAAUUUCAGUCAAAAUACCUAGCCUAGGUCUAGGCCUAGACUAUUAGUCUAACACUGUCUCCAACCAGCUGGUUUUCAUUUUUUUCAAACUAACAACAACUUUUCUACCUUCUCUAGCACUUUAGACCUUUGCUUCUUUAACAUAGUCAUUCCUUAAGCCACAUCAGCUGCAUUGAUUGCCUCUCUUUACUGACAGCCAUCUUUAUGAACCAAAGGAAAGUAAAAACUUAAUAUCUCUCUGAGUAUUUACCUAGAGUAGCCUAGAGUUCUAAAUAUCUGUAGGUAAAGCAAGAGCUCAAUGCCAGCUUCUGCCUUCUGAGUUCUUUCCAUGAUAUUUGCCUCAAAUUCACAUCCUUGCUAACCUCAACUAUGCAGUCCUUGUUGUUUUAUAAUCAUCUUCCAUUUCCCACUAAGCUUAUUUUAUUUAAUUUAUUCAUAUUUUACAUUUCUUAUUAAUCUUGUAUGCAAACUCUUUGAUUUCAUAGGGUACUUACAUAAUUCAAUAUGUCUAACAUUUCCUGUCAACUAAUUGUUCACAAGCUGAGUUUGUCUGUCUUUUUAGUUUUGAUUUUGAAGGUUUCUUGGCAGUACGAUCUACUUAUUUGAACUGUCCUUCUUCAGGUUUUUUUUACAUUUUGUAUAUUUUUUAUUGCUUCAACCUGAACCCAGUCCUCUGCCUAUUUCUCUUAUUUUUUAACACAACACUUGGACAAACAAUGUUUACUGCAAAUGGGCCAAAGCAUUACUGAACCAGUGGGAUUGUGUAUACAUAAUUAAGUGUAUAUCCGUAACUGGAAGUAUUAAUUGAGGCACAAAUUUUUAAACAGAUUUAUUCAUUAAUUGGGGUGUUCAUUAUCUGAGGUUUCACUGCUGCUCAGAGAUUUUUAACAAAAAGUGAAGACAUUUCUUAGAUGGGUUCAACUGAGACAUGUGAAAGUAUGAAUAGUCUUUUUCUAUCCAAAUACCCAACACGCAGGAUGUGGCCUCUCAGAUCUUGCAUGAUACCCAGUGGCAUAUCUUGACCAAAUACCUUUUGGGGAUGAGCUCCCAAAAUGGGACUCCACCCAUAUAAACAGCUAUUAUUUAAAAAUGUUGGUCGAAAACAAUUAUUUUUUUUGUUUUAAAAAAUUUUUUUUGGUUAAGAAACAGCAUAUUUCAUUAUUUAAAUGGCUUUUAUGAUUUAAAUACUUUCUUUAUGCAGGCUAAUUAAACAAAAACGAUUUAACAAAUUGUACUAACACAAAAAUAUUAUCAUAAAAGAACUUUUGAAUUUGAGAAAAUCAUUUUUUUAAAGCGAUUAAUUAUUGUCCUUCUUAUUUAUUUUUAUUUUUAUGUCAUCUAUACCAAUUUAUUAAAAUUUCUGUAAUUUUUAAAAAUGAUUCAUAGCUAGAAAGUUUAGUUUGAUAAUGCUCAAAUACAUUUAAUUGAAAUUCUCUACAUAAUGGAAAGGAAACAGUAACAUAAUAUACAUUUGGAAUGGAAAGAUGUAUCUGAUGGUAUUUUUUUGCAUUUUGUGGUUUUGUCAAUCUGUAUUAAGUUCUCACUGAGCCAGAUUAAACAGGCAAAACUAUUUGCUAUUUGUUCUGGUGGCGAUGAGUUUGCAUUUUAUCACUGGUUCAAGUAAAACUGAUACAAAUUUUUAAAAAAUGCUGGUUAAGUAGAAAAAAAUUUCUGGAUUCAUUUUUUUAAAUAUAAAAGAUUGGAUUGACAAAUAAACUAUCAUAUUUCAUGCUGUAUUUAUUUUGUAGUGUAGAGUAAUGGAAACAUUGUGUUUUUUCAAAGCUGUGAUAAUGAAGCUAAACAUUUUAUGCUUGUGAAAAGGCCUUAAUGUUAACACUCUUAGGUACAAUAAUGUGUUAUUGAAGAGAAAAAUAGAUAAUACAUUUUAUUAUGCCCGAGUCAAAAUUUCCUAAUCUGUUGCCUGAUGAUAUUGAACUUUUUUUUUUUUCUCAAGGCUGAAGAGAUAAAUAAAAAGGUAUAUUCUCCUUAUGACAUUAUCUCUGAACCAUGCUGUGAUGAGCUUUUGAGAAUGACUGCUGAUGAAAUGGAGAGGUAAAAUUACACCAGGUUUUCUUUAAAAUUCUUAAGCAUUUACCAGCUUAAUAAUGUAUUAAAAGUAAUUACAAGCUGAUUUCAUUUGUGAUUUUAAACAAAUUUUUUUUUUACUUCAUUUUUGUUAAAUAAAGAAUAUAUUUCCUGCAAAACAUUAUUUUAAAAUUAUUUUCUAAACCAAAUUUUGUGGUAACAAAAAACUACAAUGUAGUUAGUAUUAGAAAUAUAAACACAAUGUCUUUGCAACUCAGCUUAAGCUCACCACCUUAAGCCAGAGAUCCACUGCCCAAAGGUUUGCAUAAUUUUUUCCCCACAGAAAAAUAGAUAGUCAAUUCAGUCUUAACCCUGCUAUAGACCUUAAAGAUGCAGCCACCCUUGAUUAUUAUGUUGGAGCAGCGUAUUGGGCAAAACAACAAGGAUUUACACCUUUCCAAUUGGGAGCUUUUUUUACCCUCGCUUAUCAGUUAUUACAAAAAAUUAAAGGUAACACAAAGUUUCAGCAGUUUUUGAAUGAUUUUUAUUAAACUAAUUAAUAAUAUGAUUUAGAUUUAAUAUUUAUUGUUCAAACCCUAAUUAACUGUUGGCUCAAAGAACCUGUUGCAUUAAAAAAAAUGUAUUCCCUCUUUUAGAUGAGAAAUGCACGAUGGUGGAACUGUUUAAAGAACUCCAUGAUCGGUUGAUUGGCGUCGGAGGAGAUGUUAACGAUCAAAAGGGUCAUGGCAUGGAGUUUUUCACAGUGGCACAGGGAAAAGCAAUUACAGAGUACCUGAAAUUAAGGUAAACAUUGCAUUUAGACUUUGUGGCAUUGCUUUUGACAAUGAGAUUGCUUUUGAUAAAUGAAUCCCUUGAGCUGUUCCUGAAGAGAGUUGUCUGUUAAUUUUACAGGCAGUAACUAGCAGGUCAUGGGAAGCAACUUAAGAGAAGAGACCAGGAAUUUCAUGUUGUUAAAAAACUCUUGGCCUUGACUGUUCUUUUAUUUUUGGAUUAACUACGUGUCUAUGAUGCUCUCAUAUUUACCUAGAAAACCUGUCACUUUCUUCAGAUUUCAGGAUAAAGGGUUUGCCCCAAUUCUGGCUUACAGGCCUGCUUUUUCUGAAGCUUCUUUUAUAUGAGGUCCCAUUCCUAAACUCAUUUGUCAAAUUAUGGCUAUUAAAUAAUGGUAAUAAAUUAUCUGUUGAUCCGUUGUUGCUAGGAAAAUGCUUAGAAAAAAACCUUGCUUGGUAAUUAUUACAGCAAGCUGUUUUUCCUGAAUUAUAACAAAAUUUAACCCGUAACCCAUUUUAUUAGGUAAAAUUCUGUCAAUGUAUCUGAGUUUAUUUGAGUUUGAGAAAUUCAUUAGCAAGUUAAAAAAAAAAUUAACAUAUAAUUAAUGAAUUUGAUGAACCCACCUUUAAUUUAUACAGAUUUACAUUUUUUACAGCUUAUUCCAGCACUACAAACUUUAUAAAUUCAUGUUGACUAAACCUCAUCUGGAAGAAAUUAUGUGCACAAAUGUAAGUAUUUUGUACAUCUUUUUCAGUAUUUAAAUAUUGGGUGUUGACUAUUAAAAUCAAAGAGGUCAAAACAGAGGUCAAAUCAAAGCCAAGCUGAACACCAUGUCUUAAGAAUUUAUAGAUGAUCAAGUCCUCCCCGCCUUUGCAAUGCAUUUAUUUGAUGGCUACUUGCAAUGGUCAGAUGCUGAGUGCGCAAUCUUAACAGUAAAAAUUUAGUAGAUUAUUUUAGGUGGAAUUUUUCUGAUGACAUCUGCAACUGUUUCACCUCUUAGUAUGUGAUACUGUUACAAACAUACCCUUGUUUCAGAAGGCCCAGCCGAGAAGGGAUCCUACAGAACACUCGCAAAACUAGAUUCUCUAUUAUUUGUGCCCGGGGGCAUAAAAACAGGUCAUCUUCCCACUUGUAAAGGUUGUCAUCAAUCUUUCUUUUGAUGACCCAUUUUUAACAUUUGCUUCAAGAAAAGGAAGACUUUAAAAAAAAUCGUAUCUAAAUAUAAUGUUAUAGUCACCGAUCAGUUUUAUUCUUCUUAAGGCCUUGAAACAAUAACUUACUAGUGCACAUAUAAAAUAAGAUAACAAGUUGUGAUGUAAGUAUAUAAAAAUUGUUACAUGUUGGAGACUUUACAUGUUGGAGACUAUGUUCAAUAUAUAUUUAAUUAAUUAACUAAUGCAUGUGGAGUACUUUACUAAAUUAAUACACUCAAGAGUCCUUUUUUUUGGCAGAUUUCUGUUGAAGUGCCACUAUCUUCUGAAACACCUUUUCCUCCUCCACUGGAUGAGGGGCUUAUGGAAAACACUUAUAAUGAAUAUUUUGUCACACCUGCAACAUUAUCAGAGGUAACUAAAAAAAACAACUACUAACUGUGUUUUUGAUGAAACAUAACUGAUUGGGUUUAACAACUUUGUUAAUUUUUUAAUAUCAGUUGAUAUGUUCUUUUAACUGAAGGAAGUUUAUUUCAAGAUUCUAUGGUAAGAUAAGAAAAUAUUUAUCUAGAGAUUGGGUUGAAUAUUUACUUUUCAUAUCCAAGAUUGAGUCUUGAAAAGGUUUAUACUUAUAGAAACCUGGAAACAUGUGAUGAACUUACCGUAAUAGUAUUAUUAAGUCCAUCAGUGCUACUGAGAUCUAAAUUUUCAAACAAUUCGACCAAACCGGUUUUACAACGCAAAAUUUACCUUCUAUUUAGCAACAUUUUCAUUUUAUGUAAUGAAAUCAUGUGAAAAAAUUUUCAUUCACAAUUUCAGGCCCAGGUGGAUGAUGAACUGAAACCAUCCCCGCCACCUGAAGUAAUUCUGCCUCAGGACAUUGAGGACAUUUUUGCUAAACUCUCUCCAGAAGACGUAAAAGCUAUAAUUCAAGAAAUGGCCACUGAUGUUUUGCUAAAAUUACAGGUAAGCUAAACUUGGCAGAACUGGUGUAUUAUGUGAUAAGUUUGAACAAUAUAUUGAAGAAUCCAUUGAAGUUUUGGAAUGUUUUACAAAUAAAAAUUAUUUUGAUUCUUGCUUAAAAGUUAAAUAAAGGGCUUUGCUUGUUAUAUGGAAAUUUGAUUGAUAUUAUUAAUACUGGCGUAUGAAAAUAAUUUCAAUCUGUUCUUGUACCUAUGAUUCAGAAACUUAUUCUCAGUGUAAAAUUAAUCUAUAUAAUAGUUCAAAUGUUAAAUUAAAAAAAGAGUGCUUAAUAAAUUUAGUUUUGAUUUAGUAGAAGUAAAAUUACAGUUAAAUAACGAUUCCACAAAUUCAAUUCAGAAGCUUGUUGAAUUAAUUAUUCAUUGUUUCUACCACUUUUUGCCCUGACACCUUGCCAUACAAAACAGCCUUUAGCUUAAGAAAAUGUAUUACCUUCUCACAUGCUGCUAAUAUUUUUUAAAAUAUUUUUUUCCCCCACAGAUUGGUCUGGAAACCAAGAUUAGGUCAGAGGAAAAUACAGUAUUGACAAAAAUCAACAGGUUACAGCAAGCUAUUCAUACUGACAAGGGCCAAAGUGUUUCAAAUUCACCAACUCGUAAAAACAAAACAUGAUCAUCCGGAGAAUUUGAUAAGAGUUUGUGUUUUGGAGUCUUUCUUUUUUCUAGAGAUUUUCUUCACCAAAAGUUCUGAAGUAUAUAACAAGGAUCAGAAAAAUAGUUAAUAACACAAGGUCUAUUUUUAAAUAAUUUAAUUUUAGCAGUAUAAUUAUAUGUGUGCUGAAUUUUAAAUCUGUGUACAUUUUUGUGCCCUGUGAAAUGAACUUAAUUUUUGCAUACUGAAGCCUUUGAGCCAACAUCUAAUUAUUUAACUAUUGCUGAUUAGGGUAUUAAGAAAAUAAUUAAAUAUUUAAGAAUUUUAUUUUUUAAAUAUGCGCUCUGGAAAUUGUGUAUUCUGGCUUGUGUAUGUCUAAAUAUUCCCAGUUAAUAUUGAAUAUCUUUAAAGAUUUAAAAUAUGUUAAAUUUUUUAUUUUGAGCCUUCUUCCAUGCAAGGUGCAGCUUUAUGCAUCAAAUAAUUGUAUAUAUUUUGAAAUAUUUUUGAGAACGGCAGUAAACAGUCACAGAAGUAUAUUUUAAGGGGAACUUGAGUAUUAUUUAUGUAUCUCCUUUUUAAAAAAAAAAUAAUAAAAAGAAAUUGUGGAAAUAUUUUGAAUGCUUUAUAUUUUCUUAUUUUUUUAAAAUUCACCAACUGCUAGAAGUAUCUGACACCUGAUUUAAGAUUUUGUAUCAAUGAAAUGAUCAAUUUUCAAACUUUAAGAUACUUAAAGAAUACAAAUUUUCAAACUUUAAGAUACUUAAAGAAUACAUUACUAAAGUUUUUUGCUGAUUGUAGUGUUCACAAAAUAAGUGUAUAUAUAUUUAUUUAUUUAUUAAGAAUUAUUAGCAUUUUAAAUACCUUUAUAAAUCUUUUCUCAGCAUUUUGUUUUUCAUUUCAUACAUUUAAUUUCAUUAGCAAAACAAUUAAAGUAGUGUAAUUUCAUAGUUUGUUUUUUAAAAUCUUACUUUCUAUUGAUAAUAUCAGACAUCAUGAAAGACAUUUCAAUUUUUAAUCUACACACAAACCAGUCUUGUUGAAUCAUCUUCUCCAAUUCAA